UUGCCAUGUUUUCAUCUCUCGACAGGAACUUGUUGAGAAACUUUGCAAGGGUGAAUUACCGAAAAAUGAGUAUCAAUGCAUGAAUGAUCCAAGCCGUUCAUUCCAUGAAGCUUCAAAUGGUACACCUGUCCGAACGGGUUCUGGUCAACCCGCUCACUCUAUGAGAUCUAGGCGCCCUGCUACAUGGGCUCGACCACGAAAUUCUGAUGAUGGAUAUUCUAGUGAUUCCGUACUAAAAUAUGCAUCUAAUGACUUCAAAACCAUGGGCCAGAGGAUUUUUGUGUUUAUAAUUGGUGGAGCCACUCGAUCAGAGCUUCGUGUGGUCCAUAAGCUUACUUCGAAGUUUAAGAGAGAGAUCAUCCUUGGUUCAACAAGUAUUGAUGAUCCUGCACAAUUUAUAACGAAACUAAAGAUGCUUUCUACUCAAGAACUUUCUGUGGAUGACCUUCAGAUCUAAGUCUUACAGCCAUUACAGAAUCUAUCGUUUAUGGGGUCUAAGAAACAGUUUUUACCUUUGUGUUUUCAUCACCAGUAAUCUGGUUAGCCCUUGUUAUAGAUUUUUUAUUUGUUUAUAAUUUUUGCCUUUGAGAUUCGUGCUCAUAUUUAUAGUACCUGGCAUCAAGAAAUUUCUUGAGCUUGGAUACAUUAUUUUGGCACUGUUCCAUGUUGUAAAGUAAUAGCUCCCAGGAUUUUGAAUUGUACAUAGUAUGUUUAUUAAGAACUAAUAAAAAAACCUUAUAUGAAUCAUAAAAUCCUGCUUUUAUUGGUU